GGGCGCACCCGGACUGGCGCCGCCCGAGGCCAGCGCCGGAGUAACGGGACUCGCGGCGGCGGGUUGCAGUCCCGUAGCCCGUCGAGCUGGCGAGGGCGCCGGCCUAAAGCCGAGGGUGGGAGCCCGGCCGGGACGCGCGCACCAUGCCCUACCUGCUCAUCAGCACCCAGAUCCGCAUGGAGGUGGGCCCCACCAUGGUGGGCGAUGAGCACUCAGAUCCGGAGCUGAUGCAGCAUCUAGGGGCCUCAAAAAGAAGUGUCCUAGGAAACAACUUUUGUGAGUACUACGUCAAUGACCCUCCUCGCAUAGUCCUGGACAAGCUGGAACGCAGGGGCUUCCGUGUGCUGAGCAUGACGGGCGUGGGCCAGACGCUGGUGUGGUGCCUGCACAAGGAGUGACCCCCUCACACCGAGGAGCAGACAGGGCACCCCUUCUUUCGAGUGGUUGCCACUGGCCCCAACCCCUGCCUCACUUCACUACCCUGCCCUUCUCUUCCCAAAUCAUCACUCUCCUGGGCCCGGAAGCACUGGGCAGUGAGUGGCCUUCUCUGAAACCUGCCUCAGCCGGAGGGAGGGCAGGGCCCGUUGCCCUGGUGUUCCUGCUGUCCCUCCAGCUUCACAUCUGGUGAGGGCCCUGGAAGAGGCCAUGUUCUGUGGGCAGGCCGAAGGGGCCAGUGAGAGCCAGGCCGCCCCUGGCUGGGAGCUGGGCAGAGCAUGGGCCCAGGACUGGGUGGGUGGAUCCUGCACAGCGGGUCCAAGCCAAUAAAGGGCUGUGAUGAGCGGCUGCUCCUCUGCUGGC